ACGUUUAGUCAACGGUAUAAUAUAAAGCAGCAGCAUCAGUUAUCUCAUUAGUUAGUUACGUACGUUGCAGAGGAAGGACUUCAGCUAUGUUGUGGUACGAAUUACCGCUUCUACUUCUGUCGCUUCUGUUCGCACAACAUUUUGUCGAUGCGGCACCACGAGCCACAUUAGAACCGACGGUCACCGAGAAUUGCGGCUACAAGGCGUGUCAUGCCGUGGAUCCAACUAAACUUAAUAUUCAUAUAGUCUCACAUACUCAUGACGAUGUCGGUUGGCUAAAAACUGUGGAUCAGUAUUACUUUGGAAGUCGGUCUACGAUUCAAAAGGCCGGCGUGCAAUAUAUUCUUGAUAGCGUUAUUAAGGCUUUGCUGGCUGAUCCUAACAGAAGAUUUAUUUACGUGGAGACCUUUUAUCUCUGGAAAUGGUGGUUACGUCAAAACGAAAAAGUACGAGCCGAUGUCAAGAUGUUGAUCAACGAAGGACGAUUGGAAAUUAUCGGAGGAGCAUGGAGCAUGAACGAUGAGGCUUGUACUCAUUAUCAUUCGUUAGUCGAUCAAUUCACAUGGGGAUUCAGGCGACUCAAUGACACGUUCGGAAGCUGUGCUAGGCCGCAUAUAGGAUGGCAGAUAGAUCCGUUUGGCCAUUCCAGAGAACAGGCUUCUCUCUUUGCGCAAAUGGGAUUCGAUGGGAUGUUAUUCGGUCGCAUUGAUUAUCAGGAUAAGAGCAAAAGACUGAAUGAUCAGUCGAUGGAAUUUAUUUGGAAAAGCAGUCCGAGUUUAGGCAAACGAGCGAAUCUGUUUACGACCGCAAUGUACAACACUUACAGCCCCCCACCAGGAUUUUGCUUCGAUGUUCUAUGCGCUGACGAACCAAUGAUCGAUGACCCCGAUAGCCCGGAUUAUAACAUCGAGAAAAGGAUCGAUGAUUUUCUGAAAUACGCGGUUACGCAAGCUAAUUAUUACCGAACGAAUCAUAUCAUAUUGACGAUGGGAGGAGAUUUCACUUAUCAGCACGCGGAAAUGUACUUCAUGAAUCUGGAUAAGCUGAUAAGAUACACAAAUCAGCGUAAUGGUUCCGCAGUCAAUGUGAUUUAUUCGACACCCUCAUGCUACUUAAAAGCCGUGAAUGAUAAAAAACUUCAAUGGCCUACUAAGAAUGAUGAUUUCUUUCCGUAUGCGAGUGAUCCUCACUCUUACUGGACUGGGUACUUUUCAUCGAGACCAACCUCGAAGUACUUUGAGCGUAUGGGAAAUAAUUUUUUGCAGGCAAGCAAACAACUCAUCACUCUGACAAACUUGAAGAAUCACGAUGAGAAAUUGGAACAUUUUCGUGAAGCGAUGGGAGUGAUGCAGCAUCACGAUGCCGUUACCGGCACUGAGAAGCAAUUCGUCGCGGAUGAUUAUGCGCGUUUAUUGUAUGAGAGUAUAUCUCACGGCGAAGAAAUAAUUUCGGAGGCCAUAGGAAAAUGGUCAGGAAUGACAAAUAUAUUGCAACCAUCCUUCAAGACUUACACAUGUUUGGAUCUAAAUAUUAGCUCGUGUGCAUUUUCCGAAAAAAAUGACACGCUCAUAGUAGUAGUGGUGUACAACCCCCUGAGCAGGCCUGUCUCUACUUAUAUUCGUCUUCCCGUUAAUGGAAAUUCUUAUGUAGUUACAUCAUUGAGCGACGGAGGAAGAUCUUUGGCCUCGCAGAUAGUUCCGAUUCCCGAAAGCGUACAAAAGAUCCCAGGAAGACUGAGCAAUGCAGUAAAUGAAAUUGUUUUCCAUGCGACAGAUAUUCCUGCCUUCGGUCUGCGCUUUUAUAGUGUUAAUAAAGAAUCGCAGGAAAAAAUAAUAAAACCUGAACCAACAGAAUUCAUAAAUAACGAGUUGUAUAAUAUAUCAGUCAAUAAAGACGGUAAUUUAAUGGUACACUGGAACAAAGAAAAAGACAUGAACCUCGUACAGUCUUUCCAUUUCUACGAAGGAGCGGAAGGUAAUAAUGAGGUCUUCGAAAAUAGAUCAUCCGGCGCGUAUAUCUUCAGACCUAAAGAAACAUCAGCCAAAAAUUUUGCAUACACCGGAUCGUACAAAAUUUAUAAAGGUCCUAUCGUACAAGAACUCCAUCACAUAAUAAACGAAUGGGUCAGUCAAGUAAUUCGAAUUUAUCAAGGAGAAGAACACAUUGAAUUCGAUUGGGUCAUUGGACCGAUACCUAUCAAAGAUAAAAUUGGCAAAGAAAUUAUUACGAGAUAUUCAAGCAAUUUAAAAACAGACAACGUAUUUUAUACAGAUACUAAUGGAAGAGAGAUGUUAAAGCGUAUAAGAAAUUAUCGGCCAACAUGGGAUUUAGAAUUGAAAGAACCAAUAUCUGGAAAUUAUUAUCCGGUGACUAGUAAAAUCGCAAUUAAAGACGAGGAGAAACAAUUUAAAUUAAGUGUUCUGAAUGAUCGUGCCCAGGGAGGAAGUAGCUUGCAGGACGGCGCCAUUGAAUUGAUGCUUCAUCGAAGACUUCUCAAAGAUGAUGCGUUUGGUGUGGGCGAAGCAUUGAACGAAACUGCGUUUGGCGAAGGCUUAGUAGUAAGAGGCACGCAUUAUCUUUUUGGAGGUAAACUGAAAAAUGUGGAUGAAUUCGUAUUGAAAGAGAAGGAACUGGCUCUCAAAUUGGCUCUACAUCCCUGGAUCAUAGGCAGCCCCAUUACCUCUGAACAAUAUACAAAUAUAUUGUCUAAAGUCAAAACUUUGGUCUCGGGUCUUACUAAAGCAUUGCCGCCAAACGUGCAUAUUCUUACUUUGGAGCCAUGGAAAGAUGACACGAUUUUGCUGAGAUUGGAGCAUAUCUUUGAAGUCGGUGAAGCGCAACAGUUGUCUCAACCAGUGGAAGUUAACAUCCAAGAUCUAUUUUCAACAUUCUUGAUUGAAUCGAUCAAAGAAACUACGUUAGGCGCUAAUCAGCUAUUAAGCGAAAAUAAUCGUAUGGAAUGGGAACCAGAGACAAACGAAAUUAUUUUAAACGAGGACGAUAACGUACAACCUGUAGAGAUUCAUGACAAUGUAGUCAAUGUUCUCUUAAAACCGAUGGAAAUAAGAACAUUCAUUCUUAAAGUGAAUCAAAGAUCUCUUUAAUUUUUCAGCGAAAAAAUAAAAAUAAAUUCUUUUCUCUC